UAGAACGAAAGAGAGGAAAUUGUUUUUCCGGAACUUAUUAUAAUCGAUAGACAUUAAAGCGUGAAUUACUCUAGGUGUCUAUUCUGAAGGUUGAGCGUUUCCAGGCACUUUUCAUAGAGGAAGUUCAGUCCGUUAAAAUUGCCCAGAAGACAAUCAUGAGUCGCAAAACUUCGACAUCAGACUUUCUGAAACAACUUGUAGGUCGUCCCGUUGUUGUAAAGCUCAACAACGGACUCGACUACCGAGGUGUUCUCUCGUGCCUAGAUGGGUAUAUGAACAUUGCACUGGAGCAAACAGAAGAAUAUGUCAAUGGACAACUCAAAAACAAGUAUGGAGACGCCUUCAUCCGCGGGAACAAUGUUUUGUAUAUCAGUACGGUGAAGCGCCGCGUAUGAGGACUUUCGCGAGACGCGAUCUCAGCAUCAUCAUGUAAUCAUCCAUCGGCUUCAGUCCAUAUGUAUAUGUAUUCAUUCAUAUGUUUUUCUAAACAAUACAUUGUUUGUAUAUCUAAUUAUUUACAGAACGCAUCUUUAUUUAUUUAACGUGCAAGACCAAAGUUCAACAAAAAAAAUGGUUAGUUCUUUGAGAAUGGCACAAUAGCAUAUACUUAGUCCACAAGACUACGGUAUGCAGCACGUCUACUUCAUUUAUUGCUAGUACCAGUAUCAAAACAAAUAAUAGUUGUUUAACGGCUGACUCCUUUUUUUUUAAUAUCAUAUACGUACAUAUUCAGCCUUUGUAAAAAGUUAUAGAUCUCAAACGACUACAACAAUUGGAACUCUACAUCAUGAAUUCGUAAUGACAUCUAAAACAAACGUCCAAAGAUCUCUGUCACAGGCUAAAGACUUUGCUGUCUCACAAAGGCUCUCUCAUUCUCAAAAGAGAGGAGGCUGUUCCACGGAAUAUACUUUUUUUCAGUCUACAGGGUCUCUUUUUAGGUCUUGCUGUUUAACGGGAUUUCUGUCUUAGACUGUACAGGAUAACUUGGGAAUUUCUGUCAGUAUUGUCCUUGUUGAGGUGCGCUAUCAAAUCCAUUUCUUUCAAAAGCUGUGUUAUUACGUGUCUGUUCAAAAGACAGUAACGUGCUUCUGUAGGCGUAGGAAAUAUUAUGCUGAUUUAGGAAAGUAAGCAUUUUACCAUAGCUGCCUUUUUUUUAUCGAAACAAUGUUAGUAGGCUGAUACUCGCGAUUAGACUUCGCGAGAUAGACUCUAGCAAAAAAUCCGAACUAGUCUUUUGUUGAAGGCGAUUUUAUCCUAAAUUACAUUGGAAAGAUAAACAUACGAAUUAUCUCCCUAUGGCUUGGGCUGUAUUCAUUCGCGCCAGUCAAAAAGGACUGGGUUAAUCACGCAACUCAGUCAAAAAUGAUCGCGUCACGCAAACAUCUGCCUUACAGGAGUAAAAACCAGAGACAAUUACCCCUUGAAAUAGUUGGUGUUAGGUCUAUGUAGUAAUUCCGCGCAAAAUAUUAUGUGAUCAAUUAUGCAAAAAAGCUAUUCCUAAUUAUACUUACUUGGAAAUGCUUAAUCUAAAGGGAAAUGGAAAAAGAGUUGUACGAAACACACAGUCGUCCGUCCUAAUUAUGACCACCACAUGCUUAUAGAUACAACAUAAGGGUAUAAAAUACACAUCACUUUGAUUAAGUAUUAAUGUGUGGACGUUUUGUUAGGAUCGGAAAUCGCAAUGAUCCAUAAAGAUUUCGAAGGGUUUAGAAUACAAUGUGUUCCAAAAGUUUAAGACGUCCAGAAAAUUCAAUGAUUUUGAUGACUAUGAAGAAAUAUCGUAAUGGUUAUUUGGCAUACGGAAUAUGGUCAAAAAUAUGAUUUUGACUGAUAUUAUUAUAUUCAAAUAUGACUGAAUAUAAUUUGUGCAAAUAUAUUUGUGUAUUAUCAUGCGUUUUUGUUAGGUAUGGAAAACCAUAUGAACGCUGGUAAAUGAAAGGUCAGCGCCGAAUAUACUUCUGAAAGAAUUAUUAGUAAGUAUUGGCUAAAAAAGCUGGAAUGUUUCUAGUUAGAAGUAAAAUAUAUCGAAUGACACUGGUUUCAGAAUUCCUUGUCUUACCGCAGAAACAACUUAAGAAAUUGGAUUCCGUUAGUCACACCUUUCGCAAUCACCUUUCGUGAAGUUUGCUUAUUGUCCAAGUGGAACAGAUAAGUUUGGCGAAACGAAAUAUUGCAGGUUUUAUUUCAACAUGAAUUAACAACAAAGUAUCCAGCAUAUCAGGAUGCAGGAUCUUUAAAACAACACAGUUUAGUGUGCAAUACUCGAAUCGAGCUUUUAUACGAUUACCUGUACUAAAACAGGUACCGUUUCAGCUUUGGUUAGCUUCGUGUUUUAAAAAGCGCAUAUGAAAGUAUUUGUAAGUCUUUCCCCACAAGAUUGAUACCUUAUGUCAGUCUUAACUCCUAGACGUGCCGUAGGACAUCCUUUUGCGCUGUUGCCUACUUUCAUUUUUCAUCCAAACUACCUACCUGCUAUGCUAGCCCAACCGUUCUACUGCUUCCCGUGGGGCCCUUUGCCCCUAUAUUUACCGAUUAUUAUCAUCUUAAACUCGAUUCAACUUCGAUCUUGGUUGCUUAAUCGUAUACAAUGUACGAUAGUUUAUAGUAUCAAGGGUAAGCUUGUGUACAAAGUCAUUUACAUAACAUGUUUCCUUUUAUUUGGAUGGA